AAUACUAGAAUACUCUGAAUCGAAGAUAGUAAGGCUUGUCUUCGAAUCCGAAGAUAAAUGAGGAAUACAGUAUUUCCGGCGGCUACGCAGCCAUAGCUGCGACCUACAUAUUUUGCCACUAUCGCAGGCAUAACCAUUGUCGAAGAUAAUCUGUAUUCAAAUAUAGAUAUUUUAUUUUGGUCUUAACUGAACGCAUAAACUUUAGCGAUCUAGAUGUAGACCAGAUGUAAAACGGAAGUUGCACAAUGUUAACAUUAAAAUACAUGUGGCUCUAAAUCUAAUUCAUGAAGUUUACAAUAUAAUCUAGUUUUAAUUCAAAAAGUUAAUACUAUAAAUCUAGAUCUUAUUUUAAAAAAAACAACAGUAUAAUUAGCGAAAACAAACACAAACAAAUGCUGCAGAUCUAGAUCUAGAUUAGUUCAAUUCUUGUUGUUAGUAAUUUUGAACAUGGCCAGCAGAUGGAGUUAUCAAUUCAAUCUACCUAUGAAAGUUGUUCAUUUUAAAUGUCGAAUACCAAUUCACGAGAAUCACUGUGUCUGUUUGGUUGGAAGUGGCGAGGAAUUAGGAAACUGGAACCCGCGAGACGCUGUCAUGUUAACCUACGAUGAUACAACUCACAUAUGGAGUCAAAAGAUUUCCUUGAAAAGCCCCGAAAUUUAUCGCUACCGCUACUUUGUGUGUCGUCUGCUGUGGGAAGAUAAACAAAAGCCUAGCAAUGUAGCGAACAGUUUGAAAGAAGCUUCAGGUGUAGUCAUUGUAUUCUGGGAAUCGAACAUCGUCAGUAGAUUGAUUAAUACCCGAGUUCUACCAGAAUUUUAUGAACUUCCAGUGGUCGACUUUGCUGUGCGAGCGUAUCAUUAUACAGAGUGGACACGAGGUUGGGUAUAUGAUGCCACUGAACUUCGGCUCCGUCUCUGUGGUAGACAGUCAAUAAAUAUGUCCUAUGCUUUGGAUGUUGAUAGUACCUUAUGGAUCAGAUGUGUGCCUUUGAAUUUUCCAGAAAUGACUAAAAGAAGUCCAGUUCCUACUCAACUCGGAUGUAGUAGGGAUCUAAUACCAAUGUUGUCUCGCUUUCUAAGUGCUUGUGAUGUACCCCACAGUUUCUUUGAUCCCUAUUUAUGUGGUAAAUCAAGAUUUAGUGAGACAAACUGUAAACUGAUGAAUACCUGCAAUGUCAGUGAUGUUCUUGUUUCAAAACUCGACGGUGUUCACUGUCUACCAGGGCUCCAGGAAACUAAGGGUAUUCCUUACACUGACCACAACUUUAUUAGCUUCUCUAUUUCAACUAGUCGCAGAGCAGCUCUUGGAUUUAGAAUGGAGUUGUGUGAAAGUAAAGAUGAUCAAGAAAAACUGAUUGGAUACUCCUACUUGCUACCUUUGAGGAAAAACCACAAAAUCUUAACGGUGCCAAUAUUUAGUUCCAACAACUCUGAAAUUGGUCAGAUGAGAGUAGAUACAUUAUCAAUAGCUCCAGUACGCAAUCUGAAACUUGAUAUGCAAAUUAGUUUUCAAAAUCAUUGGAAUUGGGGCCAUUCCAAAAAAAGCAAUGAUAUUAGUGAUAUUGGCGUCGGCAUAGAAUGUUUAUACAAAGAGAUAGCUUAUGUUUCAACAAAUACAAUCUUUUCCUUGCUUGUGGCUGCCAACAAACAUGUACAUUAUCUUCAUUUCGAAGUGCAACUCACCAAAGAAAAGAUUCCAGUUGUAUUUAACGACUUCAUUGUUCAUGUGACAUUUUUGAAUGGAAACAAUGAACCUGAGUUUUAUAAAGCGAAUGUACGGGAUUUGACAGUGGACCAACUACGUCAUCUUCAAGUCACAAAGUUGUCUCCAGAUUCCACUGUGCAGAGACUAAUAAUUUUUGCCCUCGCACAACGAAAUUGUCUUGGGUCUGAAAUGGAAGUAAAGAAUUAUUCAAAACUUACAAACGAAGCCAAUGUCACAACGAAUCAUGAGUUAAUUCCCUUCCCGACACUUGCAACAUGCCUAGCAACUCUAAGAAAAGAUGUAGGCCUUAUAAUACAAGUGAAAUAUCCUCAAGUAGAUAUUAAUGGCAAGUCAGAAGUAGCAAACUAUUUCACUGAAGACACAGUGGUGGACUCGAUUAUUUCUAUUGUCAUGGAUGGCUAUGAGCAGCGCAAAAUUAUUUUUACAUCCACUGAAGCGGAUAUAUGUGUAUUACUACAAAAAAAACAGAAUCGAUUUCCAGUUUUAUUCAAAUCACAUGCUUCAAGUUUACCAAAUGAGGAAGUCUAUGAUUUUCGUGCCUCUUCUAUUGGAGCUGCUCUUGAGUUUGCCGUCUCCGAGAAACUGUUGGGAGUGUAUCUGUCCUCUCUAGAAGUUGCUAGAGAUAAGAAUAUAGUGACUAGCGCCCAUAGAAUGGGUCUAGUUGUGUUUAGUGGUGGCCAGGGUACUGGUAAUCCUGACAUAAGAAAACUUCUUUGCAGGAAUCGUGUGAACUGUCUAGAGACUUGCCAUGUGAACUUUGACCUGAAGCCAGGCUUCCAUCGCCCCUACUUCAGUCUCCCGUCAUCUCAGAUCUAUACUCUCUAUGUUGCGGACUUGGUAUUAAAUAAUGGUUGCAUGCUUUUACCGCGUUACAGCGUUCAAGACUCUGUACAAGCUGAAACAGAAGAUCACAGUAGUUAUGUGGAGUCUGAAUCCAAACUUUUUGUCUAGAUUUGAUAUGUUGGAAUCUUUGUUUUGAAACAGCAAUCAUAAUAUGUAGCCUCCCAUUAUUAUAUUACUUCACAGCUAAUGUGUUUAUAUAAUUUAUUACCAAGUUUAGUUGUAUAAUAACAGUAACUUAGAAUCAAGAAACAUUAGAACAAAAAUAUGUUUUCUUAAUUCCAAUAUGAGUGUUUCAAUUUGAUAAAGUCUUUUGAUUAUAUUGGCUUAUGAAAAAGAUGUAUUACAUCUGAUGUACAUAAAUAAAACAUAAUAGCUUGACUAACUAAACCUGCUUUUUAUGAAUUAAACUUAAUGACUUGAG